UGGUCCGAAUUUCCCGCAAAUAAAUCAAUUUUUUUGUUCUUCAGCGCCGUAUCAAACGACGAUUGCCUCGUCCAUACGCAAAAUAACACCUCAAAAGAAAAUAAAAAUAAGAAAAUACGCCAUUACUCUUCUUCAUACUCUUUACUUUAACAGAAAUCAGAAAAUUAUUACUGGGUUUGAAGUGUAAUUGAUGAGGAAAGUGUAAAAUGGAGGGAGCAGAGGAGGAAUUGGAGAGAAGGAGCAAGUUCUUGAACAGUUUGAUACAAAAGAAGAAGGAUGUCGAGCAUAAAAAGCAGAAUGAUAGUAUGAAUGUGCGUGUGAGGGCUUCAGAUAUGCCUUCAGCUUUGCAAAAUCAUGCAUUUAGGUUUGCCAGAGAUAAUCUUGAUUCAAUGGCUUCUGGGAAGCUUGACAGCAAACGCCUCGCUCUUGCACUCAAGAAGGAAUUCGACUCAACGUAUGGUCCAGCUUGGCAUUGCAUUGUGGGAAAGAGCUUCGGCUCAUAUGUCACACAUUCCGUGGGAGGAUUUUUGUAUUUCUCGAUGGAUAAUGUCUAUAUUCUUCUAUUCAAGACUGCCGUUGAACCUUUAGACCUUUGACUCUGCGUUGUGGAUUCUUAAAUGGUCAGUAACAUCUGAAAUUUGAAAAUCUGAACAGCAGAUCAUUUGAUUGAGAAAAAUGGGAUGCAUGAUUCUGUUUUGGUUUAUUUUGUGAUAGAAUUAUGUUAUUUUCUUAAGAUCACCUUUGAGUGUUGCUAUUGCAGUUUCUUGUAUCUUGAGCGAAGUUUUGAAUUUUAUAUUGCUGGUUAAAGUC